AUGCCACCCCGACUCAAUCUCUGCACAGCUCAAAAGGCGAUCUCCGCCUUUCGCCAACCGCCCCUCGCCUCUACGCGGAGUCUCGCAACCCACACCCGUUUCCGUGCCGCACAGUCGACGGGCCCCCUACAAAAACGAUGGAACUCGUCGCGGAAUGACGCGAAUGAUCUGCCGGAGACACCGAAGGAUCCCUCGGAUGAUCUGCUGCCGCCUGUUAGCGAGGAGGCGGCGGCGAUAGACCGGAUCAUGAACAAGGAGAAGCAGUGUGAUGGGCAGCCGGCGACUCCAGAGUUGGAGCAGGGGACGCCUGUUUCUGAGAUCCUCUCGCGCGACAAAGAGGCCAUGAAGCACAUGCCCAAAGUGAUGCAGGACCAGAUUAAGAAGAAUGGCGGCUCGCGCUCCUUCUCGACCUCAGCACGCAGCCGGUUGCCGGAUGUCCAAGAGACCAACUCCGCUAGGGAAGACCCGUCCAUCGCCAUGGUGGCCAGCAUGAUCGAGCAGGUCACCGAACGGGCUCAGGGUCAGGAAGCCGAGACCCAUUCGGGCCUCAAGUUCGAUCCGCCCGUGUCACCGGCCAAUACCAAGACGCUCAAUUUCCGCAAACGCUACGAUACCCUGCAGGAGCAGUUCACUAAGAUGAUUAUGGAGGAUGGGAAGCUGAGUCGCGCACAGAAGGUCAUGGCCUCCAUCCUGGACCAGCUCCGCACCUCCCCCGCUCCCCAGGUGAAUCCUCGCCGGCGUCUACUCGGCGCACCGCCAGCUCCCCAGCUGCCCCUCGACCCUGUGCUCUACCUGACCUUGAUUGUCGACUCGGUGGCCCCUCUCUUCCGUAUUCGCCAGCAGAAGGGUCUUACCGGCGGUGGUACCGCUGUGCAAAUCCCUCACCCGCUGACGCUGCGCCAGCGCCGCCGAUCGGCUAUCAAGUGGAUCAUUGAUGCCUCUGACAAGCGCCGGGACACUCACCUGGCUCAGCGGAUUGCUAACGAGUUAUUGGCUGUCGCUGAGGGCCGUAGUGGUGUCUGGGAGCGCCGGGACCAGCAGCAUAAGCUGGGUAUUGCCGGUCGGGCGAAUCUGGGACUUGCUCCCCGUCGGCGCCGCCUUCCUUCUCCGCACAUCCCACCCUCUCACUUCCAACCGGAUAUCUUUCCCUGCUGCUCCUUGGAUGACCGUGGCCGACCUCCUCCCGGCCCUUCUUCCACGACGGUGGCUGCUUCCACCUCAGCUCCCGACUCCAUUGAACUCGCCAAUUUCCGCCCACCUCCCCAAGAAUCUGCCCGCAAAAGACCAGCUGGCCGUGCUGCAAGGCCCUUUGAGCCCGCUGCCAGCUCACAGUCACUCGCGCAGCUUGGUGCAGGGCUAGACACUGAGUGGGAGAAGAGCGGCUCCUCUCCAGAUCAGCUCCGCCGGCACGGCUCCCGCUUCACACGACUCUGGUUCUGGGCGGAGGCCCUUCGACGUCGCGCUCGGAACCCUAUUGUUGAACAAGAACAAGAACCUACCGCCGAGAUGAAGUUCUCUCACAGCAUUCAGUUCAACGCGGUGCCGGAUUGGAGUUCCAAUUACAUUGCGUAUAGCAAUCUCAAGAAGUUGAUCUACACACUUGAGAAGCAGGUCAACCGGGCAGAUGGCCCUGCUGAUGUUGAAUCCUCUCCGCUGCUGGGUUCGGUGAGCAACCCAGACGCCAUCUUCAAGCGGGCGCUCGAUGGAGAAAUGGACAAGAUCUGUACCUUCUAUCAGAAGAAGCAGACAGAGAUAUUUGAGCUUACAGAUGAGUUGAUGCGGGAGGCCUCUGUCUACCUGUCCGACACCGAUGGGGUCAACAUGGAUCCCGUGAGCGAGACCGUCAUCAAGGCACGAAGGAUGAGCGCGAGCUCCCGCCAGGGUACAGGUAGUAUUUUCCAGAACCUCGGGCUUUCCCAUCGCCGGCGGUCUAGCGCAAUCAGUGAGGACGAUAGUGAUGAGGAGCACUCGCCGACAUUUGCUCCUAGACAGCGAGCGAUGCAAUCAACUGAUGGCGAGUCGACCAAUCUAGAGGAUGGACACGACCUAGCAGAUUCCACUUUCUUUGGCGCAGCUUCCAGCCGUGGCCCACAAGAUUUCUCUUUUGGCGACCAAACCCUUUUUGCCUUGUACAACGCUGGUGUUUCCCUGAAAAAGCGCCUGAUCGAGUGCUACGUUUCCCUCUGCGAACUUCGCUCCUUCAUCGAACUCAACAAGACCGGCUUCUCCAAAGCUCUGAAGAAGUACGACAAGACCCUGAACCGCAAUCUUCGACGCGAGUACCUAAACUCGGUUGUUUACCCGGCGGCUCCCUUCACUGAAAGCACCAUGGCUUCCGUUGACAACAACAUCGAGAAGGUCGAGGGCGUCUACGCCGACGCUGUCACCAAGGGCAACCGUGAGCUGGCCAGUCGCGAGCUGCGUCUGCACCUGCGUGAACAUGUCGUCUGGGAGCGCAACACGGUCUGGCGGGAGAUGAUCGAGAUCGAGCGUCGCGCCCAGGCUGCCAACGUGGGUAUCCGUCACACUCUGCUGGGUGGCGAUGAGGACCCGGCUACUGCGCGCCGCCAGGGCGACAAGCAGGAGAUUCGCACCAUGGAAGUUGCGACUCCUCUCGGGCGCUUCCAUUUCCCGCUGUGGCUUUGCAGCCUGAGCUUCGGUACUCUGGUCUUUACGGUUGCUGUGUUCGGCACCUUGCUGGCGGUCCCUGUGAUGGACACCCCCGAACAGCAGAACUGCCUGGCCAUGCUCGUUCUUGUCAGUAUGCUCUGGGCCACCGAGGCCAUUCCUCUCUUCGUGACCUCUCUCUUGAUCCCUUUCCUGGUCGUGGUCCUGGGUAUCGUCCGAUCUGACGACAAGCCGCACAAGCGGCUGGGUCCUCAUGAGGCAGUGGGCAUGGUGUUUUCGGCCAUGUGGACGCCGGUGAUUAUGCUUCUGCUGGGCGGGUUCACUAUUGCGGCUGCACUGUCCAAGUAUGACAUCGCGCGUCGCAUGGCCAUGUUCGUCCUGAGCAAGGCCGGAUCCAAGCCACACGUCGUCCUUCUUACCAACAUGUUUGUGAGCAUGUUCCUGAGCAUGUGGAUCAGCAACGUCGCGUCCCCGGUGCUGUGCUACUCGAUCAUCCAGCCUCUCCUGCGCAACAUGCCCCCCGAGUCGAACUUCGCCAAAGCGCUCGUGUUGGGAAUUGCGCUCGCUGCCAAUGUCGGUGGCGCUGCCUCUCCGAUCGCCUCGCCGCAGAACAUCAUCGCGCUGCAGAACAUGUACCCAAGCAUCAGCUGGGGCACCUGGUUCUUCAUCUCUCUGCCCGUCUGCAUCAUCUCGAUUCUGCUCAUCUGGGGCUUGCUGUUGGUGACCUUCCACCCGGGCCGCAACGCGACCAUCAUUCCCAUCCGACCCGUCAAGGACCCUUACACCGGCGUCCAGUAUUUCAUCAGCGCAGUGACCCUGGUCACGAUCGCCCUCUGGUGCGCCAGCCAUCAGCUUGAGCAUGUCUUCGGCGACAUGGGCGUCAUCGCGAUCAUUCCCAUUGUCUUGUUCUUCGGCACUGGCAUUCUCAACAAGGAAGACUUUAAUAACUUCCUGUGGACCAUCAUCAUCCUUGCCGCCGGCGGACUGUGCCUGGGCAAGGCUGUCACAUCGUCCGGCUUGCUGCACACUAUUGCCUCGGGCAUCAUCGCGCGCGUCGAGCAUCUUAGCCUGUACAGCGUGCUGCUCGUUUUCUCGGCCCUGAUCCUGGUCAUAGCCACCUUCAUCUCGCACACCGUCGCCGCACUGAUUAUCCUGCCGCUCGUCCGCCAGGUCGGCGUCAGCAUGGAAAAUCCCCACCCGAACCUGCUCGUCAUGGCCAGUGCCUUGAUGUGCUCCGUGGCGAUGGCCUUGCCCACCAGUGGCUUCCCUAAUAUGACCGCGAUCAUGACCGAGGUCCCUCAGACGGGCCAGCGAUACCUCCAAGUCCGCCACUUCCUCACUCGGGGCAUUCCGGCGAGUCUGAUGUCCUUUGUGGUGAUUGUCACCAUCGGCUAUGGACUGAUGUAUGUAGCCGGGCUGUAA